CGCCGCUGUCCCAGCGCUUCCUGUUUCCAACCACGUGGGCAGCGGGAUGGCGGGCGAGGCGCACUGCCUCAGCUACACGGGCUGCAACUUCCUGCGGCAGCGCCUGGUGCUGGCCACGCUCAGCGGGCGCCCGCUCAAGAUCCGCAAGAUCCGCGCCAAGGAGGAGGACCCCGGUCUCCGCGAUUUYGAAGCAAGUUUUAUUCGCCUAAUUGACAAAGUGACCAAUGGCUCAAGGAUUGAAAUAAACCAAACAGGUACUAGCUUGUAUUAUCAGCCUGGUCUGCUCUACGGAGGCUCCCUGGARCACGACUGCAGCCCCAGUCGUGGUAUUGGCUACUAUUUGGAAAGUCUGCUCUGCCUGGCACCUUUCAUGAAGCAUCCAUUGAAGAUUGUCUUGAGGGGAGUAACAAAUGACCAAGUAGAUCCUUCGGUUGAUGUCCUUAAGGCAACAGCUCUACCYCUUCUGAAGAAGUUUGGAAUUGAUGGUGAAAGUCUGGAAAUCAAGAUCAACCGAAGAGGAAUGCCUCCCAAAGGAGGUGGAGAGAUACUAUUUUCUUGCCCAGUGAGAAAGGUCUUGCAGCCUGUUCAGUUCACAGACCCUGGAAAAAUCAAGCGCAUCAGAGGAACUGCAUACUCUGUCCGGGUGUCACCACAGAUGGCAAAUAGAAUGGUGGAAUCUGCAAGGGGCAUCCUCAAUAAAUUCCUCCCAGACAUCUAUAUCUACACAGAUCAUAUGAAGGGGGUCAACUCUGGAAAAUCUCCAGGUUUUGGCAUGUGCCUCACUGCAGAAACCAUCAAUGGCACUAUUCUCAGUGCUGAGCUAGCCUCAAACCCUCAGGGCCAGGGAGCAGCUGUGCUUCCUGAGGAACUGGGCCAGAAUUGUGCUAAGCUGCUGCUUGAGGAGGUCUACAGAGGAGGCUGUGUAGAUUCAACCAAUCAGAGCCUUGCUCUGCUCCUUAUGACCCUUGGACAGCGGGAUGUUUCCAAAGUCCUGUUGGGACCUCUGUCUCCAUACACAAUUGAGUUUCUGCGACACCUGAGAAGCUUCUUCCAGAUCAUGUUUAAAAUUGAAACAAAGACCCCUGAGGAAGAGCACAUGGGUGGGGAGAAAGUCUUAAUGACAUGUGUUGGCAUUGGAUUUUGCAACCUUAGUAAAACUAUAAGAUAAAAUCAUCUAUAGACUUAAUGAAAGAGAAAAUGCUGCAAAGAUCUAAUAAAACCUGUGUGUCCCUGUACUUAUUSUAGCAGAGGUAGACCUGUGAUGAUUCCAGUGCGGGGGUACCCAAGCCCACUGCAUGUAAACAAUAAAGCUGACUUUAGAUUGUUUAGAUCUGUGCUAUUUAUAAAUGCAAUGCCAGUAUUCUGUGCUGCUUGGAGUGGCUCUUUGGAGUCUUAGCUGACUUGGGACUUUUUGCACUGUAUUCCACUGAAUGGGAUACAAGUGCCUCAUGUCACUGUGCUCUCAAGCCUUAAUGAGGUGAGUGCUCUGGUUUUAUGUAUUUACUGAUUUCAGUCGUAGUUGUUUCUGAAAGGUUUAGAUAGAGAGGGAAAACAAAGUUGAUGAAAACAAGCUUUGCAUUGCAAAACAACGAUCACAACAGAAAUAUUAGAUUCUUAAGGUAACUGCAGAGAUAAUAUUGGCAUAAAAUAAAAGUAAAGGUGUGGCAGUAGUUCUUUGUUUACACAUUGUGUGUAUGUGUAGAAUUUGUCAGAUGCUCCAUUUCUGUUUACAUUUGCUAAAUUCACAGAAUYGCCAAAUAGGCUGAGUUGGAAGGGACCCAGAAGGAUCAUUGAGUCCAGCUCUUAAGUGAAUGGCCUCUGCCGGGAUCAAACCUGUGACCUUGGCGUUAUGAGCACUAUGCUUUAACCAGCUGAGCUCAUCUCAGGGUUGCAAUUUCACAGGAAGAAUAAAAUAUAUUUUAUUUUUUGUAAUGUUACAAUACUGCAGAAGAGGUCACAGCCUAUACUGACUUAUUUUUGUCUCUUUAGCAAAGAUGAGUAUGGAAGGASAAACCUCCAUGACAGCUUUUGACUUGUCACACGCAUUGUUUUUAGAUUUGUUCGGCAUGUUAUACUUGGUUCACAAUUAGUUGUGAGAAGUAGCAAAAAUAGCUGUAGACUUUGAGGGAGAAAAAUACAUUCAGUUACAUCAUCAUAUUUUGUGCAUCUGCUCCGUUUUUAAAGUGCUGCACAGAUUCACAGAUACAAAACAAAGUUUCUGCCAGGUUAUAAAUAUUUACCCAUGAGAGGCUUUUGGUAGAUUCCAGGCAAACCUGCUGAAGUUAAUGCUGAACUCCUGACACAGGGGAAGAAAUAUGUAUUUGACUUCAGACUACUUAGUGUGCCUGGAGUAAAAUAAAACUGUGUCAAAAACCGGUAUAUAGAGAGAGCAAAUACUAAUGCCUCUGUUAUAAUGGUUUUAUGAACUUUAUCUGAUGCCACUGUAAAGUGRGCAUUACCUCUGUAGUAUGAAGAAUGUAUACCGGACCCAAAAAGGACUUUGACAAAGGUUCAGUAUUUGCUUAGUGUUUUGUUAACUUGCAGGCCAUGCGAGUAAUUUUUUUACUGUACUUUGUUCUUGUUGCAAUCUGUCACACAUGUUUUGGAAAAAUAAAGUAUUUUAUUCCUAAAUAAGGUUUUAUUUCCCUCUAAAGCAAAACAAACAACAGUUGGGGGGGAAGAAUAAGCCUGAAAGUCUUUCCUGUGCCAUUUGUAAGAUAAAUGGCUAUCUUGAAUUAAUACAUCAAAGAAACAGCUUUGGGAGUUGCCAGAGACAGAGGAAGGGAAAGGACAAAGCCAUUCCUAUAAUAUACUAGCUUUCCAAAAUUUAACUUGCAGCUAAGGAAAUCCUAAGUAAAAUAAUAAGAUAUGAAGUAAAAUAACUUGACUAUAUUUUUUUACAUUUCAAGUUAGAAAAAGGUAUGGAGUAAAGAAAGAAUUUACCGUGCUCCCUUAUGUCACUGUGUAAUGAAAAAACUAGAAACUUUAGUUAAAAAAUUACUCRAAAUAUGAGGAGUCACUCUACCAAAAGGUGAAAUGUACAAGCUAAGAUUAAUAGCCACUAGAAUAAAAAUAUAACAUACAUAUUAAUUUAAGAUUUGAGUUUCUGCCACAGCUCAGAUUUCCAAAGAGUGCCUAAAUAAAACUUUGGAGGUAGUGUCACCACUUCAAAAAUGAAAAGCUUUAUUAUUUUUAAGAUUACCUAUGAAACUGUGUGAGUUUUUCCAGAUGUUCCAGUUGCAUCAAGCUUAGAGGAGGCAAUAAAUUGCCCAGGCAGCAGAUUCUUCAGCAAUAAUUAUGUCACACAAUUACUUGUACUUAUCUCACUGUUGAAGUUGGACGGGUAACCCUUAGCCCUGCUGCACAUUGCAUAACUACAGCACAACGCUUGCUGCAGCUUUGAAUUUGCUUGUUGCUUUGCAGAAAAAKAAAGGUAUAUGAAGUUAAUAUGUUUUUCUAUAACAGUCACCCUCUGGAGAAAUAGAAACAGAAAUUCCAGAGGAGGUUUUAGGUAAGAGCUUUCUUAAGUUUAUCUGGCCUUCAUAUAUUCUGGGGAAGAUACUUAUUACAAGGAAAUCCUGCAGAUAAAAGCUGUUUGUUUAUUGGCAGAACAGCAAUUAAGAUCUGUUUUGGUCUGAUCACAUAAGCAGUUAAGAUUUUAGAGCUGGACAGAGAAAAUUAAUUUUUUAUGAAAAAAAUUCAUAGCUGGUGGUAGCCACAGACUUUAUGGUAAUUAUGAUAGUUACUAGGAGACACAUCUUUCAUCUCAGUUUAUCCCUGGUGGAGUAAAACUCAGAUAAAAAUGAUUAGCUGUACAUAAAUAAUGCUGUACUCUUUGAACAAUCCAUCAGCAAUUUAAUUAAUGUCUUUGGAUGAACAACUUUGAUCAUAGAAUCAGAACAGUUUCAGYUGGAAAACACCUUAAAGAUAUCUAGUUCCACCAUCCCCAGGCAGGUUGCUCAAAGACCAUUUAGUGGCCUUGAAUGCUUCCAGGGAUUGGRCAUCCAUGACUACUCUGGGCAACCUGUAAGAGCAGCCCACCACCCUCACAGAAASGAAAUUUCUUCCUAAUAGCUAAUCUAAACAUACCCUCCUUCAAYUGAAAGCCAUCACCCCUUGACCUGUCACAACCUGCCCCUUUAAAAAGUUCCUUUCCAGCCUUCCUUUUCGUUUCAUUAGAUACUGAAAGGUGCUAGAGGUGCUAAAAGGUCUCCAGAGUCUUCUCCAAGCUGUACAAACGCAAAUCUCUCAGCCUGUCCUUGUAAGCAGAGGUGCUCCAACCCAUGGAUCACUGUGGCCCUCUUUUGCACUUGCUCCAGCACUCGAGGUCUCAUGCUCAGUGCCUCAGAACUGGAUGGAGCACGGCAGAUGGGGUUCCAGAGUGGAAGUCACGGUGGUGAUGUUAAAAGUGUUUGUAAAAUAUGGCUUUACCUUGCAUCUCCUGCCAAUUUUAUAGUAAUUUCUUCUAUGAUGGUGGUUUGACUGCAUCUCCAGUGGUUAUGUCAGAAAAUCCAUGUUAACUUGCURUAGGACAGGUUCAGGAGUAGAACACUAUACUGGAAGUGAAAUUGUUUCAUUCGAAGGCAGUGCACUUUACCAAAGGCAUAUGGCUAGAAGCCAGCGCAAUAACUGCCUGGGGAAGCAUGCAGUAGGUACAUCAGCUAGGCCAAAACAGUAAGCACAUGGCUGUCUUGGGUAGUGUUUUCAAAAUGGUGUUUAUGUUACUGCCAGAGCAUAUAUACUUUCUCUCUUCUUCCCCUUCCUCAUGGGUGACAUGGAUUUUGUUUCAAGCCACUGAGGCAUAAUUUUCUGCUUGCAAGCUCUGACGUUCACUUCCCUGUUUUUCAAUCAUACACUUGAGACAGAUACCAGAGGGGAAAAAAGAAACAAGAAAAGAACUAGUUUUCAGGAAGCAUAAUUUUGCCUAUGAGU